ACUCCGUUGUCAUCUGUGAGAAGUCUGUGACAUUGAGCGUUUGUGCGUAGGGUCCGUAAAUCAGUUUCGUACGUUUCAUGCCGGGAAAAACAAAGCGAGGAAGUGGAAUUGUACUAAGUAUUUUAUUCUCAUAGGAACAUCUGGAUGGGAUGAUGUGUUCUCUUCAAGGUUUUCCUGCCUCCCUACCAGUGGGACACGUCACCGUGUGUGAGGAGGAGGGGAGAGUGCAUUUCUUGCGAGCAGAAGAGGCUGAUGUUCACAUUUUCACCAACGCAGUAGCGUCACAUCCUCAUAUUACAAUUACUGGAGACCUGCUGCAUUCAAGCAUUUGUCGGGAGGACACACGGAGAGUUUUCCUUCCUGUGUCAGAAACACUGUUCAAGAAACUGAUAAAUGUGUGGUAUGAGCAAGGCUUGGUGGAGGCACUGCGUCUUGCAGCAGAACCACAAGAUGGCAGGGAAGUGCCUGUAGCUCUCAAGUUCAUUGCUUCAUACAUGCUGAGGGUGAUUUCUAUGAUAAAUCAUGUCCGCAACUCAUUCCACCCUCAUCUCUGGGUAAGAUGUCCCAAUUAUUUUACAAAAGCAGCAUGA